GGAAGGUUCCGGUCGGGGUACACAAAUUUACAAUAGUGAUGUGCGUUGGUUACCUGUAGUACUCUGUAUUGGAACUUUUAUCAUUGCUUGGAAGUUGGUUGAAAUUAAGAAAAGUAGAUUAUUCCCAACAGUAGUACGUCAUACCAUAGGAGACCUUUCAGUCUUCAUCGCCACUUUUUCAAUGGUUCUAGUUGAUGCACUACUGGGAGAACCAACUCCUAAGCUAAAUCUGCCACAUAAGAUUCAGCUUUCAUAUCCUGGAAGGGAAUGGUUUGUAAGACCGUACAGCCCUUCUAAUCCUUGGUGGACAAUGCUACUAGCAGCUUUACCAGCGAUUGUAACUUUAAAGGGGAUUUUUGUGGAUCAACAUAUUACAGCUGUUAUCAUAAACAGAAAGGAAAAUAAACUAAAGAAAGGUUUUGGCAACCAUUUAGAUUUGACAGUAGCAACGAUAUGCAUUGUGGUGUGUUCUUUAUUCGGUCUCCCUUGGCAAGUUGCUGCCACAGUUCCAUCAAUCGCACAUGUGAAAAGUCUCAAAAUCAAAUCCAAGUGUACGGCAGUGGGUGAGAAACAAGUUGUAGUUGGUUGUAGGGAACAACGUCUUACUCUUCUGAUUGUCGGAAUCCUAAACGGGUGUUCUUUCUUUAUGUGGCCAAUCUUAACGCUCAUACCCGUGUCUGUUAUGUAUGGUGUUUUUCUAUAUAUGGGAGUAUCAGCUUUGCAAGGAACGCAGGAAAUCAAUGCUAGCACUACAUGCAAUAAACUUAUAACUAUCAGUAAUCAAAUUGCGUAA